AUGAAUGUCGAAAGAUGCAUCGCGCUACACAACGAAAUACUGCGCCACGGUUGGGUCAGCUCAGGUCGCAGUCCAGAGUCUCUCGAAGCCACCUGCAAGACAUGGUUCGACACUUUUGGCGAUGAUGCCGAGGCUGUUCGUCCCCAGCUUUCGCCUGAUCUUGUUCGUUUUCUCCAAGAAGCUCGACUCAUUGGUUAUUCUGAAAGUGUAGUCGAUCUAUCCUUCUUCUACUGGCUACAAAAUCUCGCUUCGCCAAACUUCAUGUUUGAGCAAGCGGAAGAUUGGUCAGACGAUGGAGAAGAUGGCAAUCUUUUGGUUCUCUACGAGAUGAACAACUUCUCGGGUCACUGGUGCGGACUGGUCAUCCAUGACGCAGAUGAGGUCUUUGAACAGAAAGUGUGGUACCCAUUGGAAACCGCUCUGGAGUUCUGGCUGGGCCAGAUUCGGAAAGGGAAGAUCGUUGCUGCGCCCAAAGCUAUACACGAAAAAUCUGGCAAUGAGCGCUACGACCCUUGGGAGUUUAUCCCGUACAGCAAAUCCAUGCUGGAAGAGAAUGUGGAGGCUUUCAAUCGUCUAGUAGAAACUAUCGAAACUCGGAUGCCUUCCACAGCCGAGCACGCAGAAGCUGAACAAGUUGUACAUGGGCUGGUCGAAGAGAGCAUACUUCAAAGCAUGAGUCUUCCCCACAACUUCACCUACGAUUUCCUCCGACAGGCACGACGCCCACGCUUCCGAAACAUAGCCCCAGGUCUCGAAGUAACUACCUCCAUAUUCUCCGAUCAGCCAUUCGGUUCUUAUCUCUCGUCUACCUCCGACCGGCCUCCUAUCCUUCUAUUUCGCUUCAAUCCCAACACUGUCACUGGCGAAGAAAUAGACAAUCCAUUCCCUGGAUUCGACCGUAUUAAAACUCAUACUGCGGGUCUAUACCUUCUCCCACAUUGGGAGACGACAGCCGAGGACGAAUGUAGGUUGAUUUUACCUUUUGGUAUUGGAGCAAAUGGGUAUGCAAGGAGGACUGAUGGCAGCAAGUUCGGGGGAAAAGAGGAUGGUGAAGACAGCCAUGUAGAUAUGUAUCGUCCUGGAUAUCAGCCGCUUGAGGAGCCGCAUGAUCAUAGUCUUGUCGAUGUGUUGAAGAGCUGGACGGGUAUGGUGGAGAGAGGCGAUUGGCAAAUUGAUGAGAAUGGAGUUGCAGGUGGAAUGGAUGUAUGGAGAGAGGCUGAUAGCAAGGAGAAAUGGGCCGGGUAUGUGAUUCCGAGGGCUGUACAGGGGGUAGAGAGGUAG